CUAUAGUUCAACGGUCAGCAACAGGCGGACCGCGGUCCGUUUGCGGACCGCGAAAGGUCGAAUCUCGGACCGCGAAAUAUUGUAAUGUAUUUUAUACCGAGUAUCAAUUAAUACAUAGAUAAGGUAUACGUAUACCUUUAUUUAUUAAAAUAAUAUUUUUAAGCUACAUAGGACAAGUUUUCCAUGAGUAUCCGUAGUGGCCCCCCGCGCGGGCCUGUACGUCGCCAUUUGAGUACGUCACGCCACGCCCGCCCUUGCAGUCUGGCCGAGCACUGAGUGCGCACUGUUUUGUUUUGUUGAAACAAGCGCGAACGAGUAUCGAAAUCGGGGGUGCGGGCGUGCGGGCGAGGGAAAGAAGACAGCCAGUCGCGUUCGGUCAGUCGCAGCGCAAUCCGUUCUAUUGUUUUAUGAUUAGUCGCGUUUUCGUUCGGUUGGUAAAAAAAGCUUUUCCUAUCUACGUUAAUAUGAAUCCUAAAAAGCGAAAAGUGGACAGUGAAAAUAGGAAGUUUCUGGCAGAAUGGACUGAACAAUAUUGUUUUACGCUGCCUGAUAGGCCUCAAGCAGUUCCAGUGUGCCUUAUAUGCAAUAAAACUGUUGCUAUUGUUAAAUCUGGCAAUUUGAAGCGACACUACGAAACAACUCAUCAGCAAUUCCACAAAAACUUUCCUCUUGGCAGUGAAGCUCGUAAAGAAAAACUUCAGGUAUAUCUCAAUUCUUACAAAAAAAGCACGAAAUUACUAGUUCGUUGCAUGAGCGAGCAAGAAAAAUCUACAGAAGCAGCGUUACGUGUGUGCUGGACGCUUAAUAAACAUCAGAAACCAUUUUCAGAUUCUGAAAUAGUGAAGAAAUGUAUGUUGGAAGUAGUUACGGCACUUUUUGAAGAAAAAAAAGAUGUUGUCGCUGCAAUUCAAAGUAUUCCAUUGUCAGCAAGAAGUAAUACAAGAAGGACAGAAAUUUUAGCUGCUGAUGUUAAAAACACUCUUCUUGAACUUCUGCAAAAGGCACCUUGCUAUGCCAUAGCACUUGAUGAAUCAUGUGACAUUGUUGAUGAUGAGCAAAUGUCUAUUUUCGUAAGAUUUCUUGACAUUGAGUGUCAGAUCUUUAGGGAAGAGUUGCUAGCAAUAUUGCCGUUGAAAGGUAACACUCGAGGAGAAGAUUUAUUCAAGGUCAUUGAUGAAUUUGUUAUUAAAUCUAACAUUAGUUAUGAUAAAAUGGUGUCGCUUUCAACUGACGGGGCCCCAGCAAUGAUUGGCAAAGAAAAAGGUGUAGUUAAGAGAAUUAGGGAUAAAAAUGCAGGUCUAAUAUCGUAUCAGUGUAUAAUUCACCAGGCAGCCCUUUGUGGAAAACUUAGUGCUACACUGAAAGAAGUAAUGGACAGCUUGGUCAAGUUGAUCAAUUUCAUGAGAUCUCAUUCUGCUCUUCAGCACCGAAAUUUUAAGGAGUUUCUUUCUGAAUGUGAUUCAGCGUAUUCUGACUUACUACAACACAACAAUGUUCGUUGGCUAAGUAAAGGUCAAGUUAUUGAACGUUUCUGGCUAAUAAAAGAACAAGUAACCACCUUCUUGCAAAACUUAGAUACUCAGGGAGCCAGGAAACACUUUGAGUUCAUCACAAACAAGCGCAAUAUGCUAGUUGUGGCUUUUCUAAAAGAUAUUUUGAAAUAUUUAAAUGCACUCAAUACAGAGUUACAAGGAAAUGGAAAAUUAAUAUGUGAUCUGAUACAAAGCGUGUCUGCUUUUCGUCGCAAGCUAGAUAUAUUUGAAAAAGAUAUUGCAAGACAAGAAUUUAUUCAUUUUCCGACAGUUAUUGAAUAUAAAAAGGAAAACUCUGAGGAAGACAUUGCAGUGUUCGUAAAUUUCCUGGAAAGUCUUAGGAACGAAUUUACUACAAGAUUCCAAGACUAUGCGGAGGUGGGCAAGUUAUCUCCGUUUCUUAAAUCGCCAUUUGAAGUUGAUGCAGCUGGAGAAUGGACAGAUGUGGCUGCCCAGUUGUUUAAUCUCUCGAAGCCUUCAGUUCAAAUGGAGAUAAUCGAUUUGCAAGAAGAUGUGUCUUUGCAAAUGUAUAAAACUGUAUCCACUGAAGAAUUUUGGGCCAAACAUGUUCCAGAAAAGUAUGAAAAUUGCAAGAAACUAGCCAUCAAUUUGACUACUAUGUUUGGUUCGACAUACGUAUGUGAAACAUCUUUCUCAAAGAUGAAUUUUUUGAAAAACAAAUAUCGUUCGAGAUUAACGGACGCCCAUCUAGAAGACACACUUCGAAUUUGCUGUUCCUCUCGAGAACCACAGUAUAAAAAACUGGCUCAAGAUUGUCGGUGUAGUUUCUCACAUUAAUUUUAGGUCUUGUAUUUUGUAAUCCAGAAUUUGAUUUUAACCCAAAAUA